CUGUCCUCUCUAUCCUCCCUGUCUCUCCUCUCUCCCUCUCCCUUUUCUUACUCUGUCUCCCCCCCUCUCCUUUAUUUCUCCAUCUCUCUGGUUAAACUGAACCCGUUCAAAACUGCAGCCACUCAGAUGACCAGAGUCAGCCUGAUCUCAUCAGACUGAUCCUGGUUCAGUUUAUUAAUUUAGAACAGGCCUUUCACAAUAAGAGCUCCCUCCUUUAUGUCUAUGGUGUGUCUUUGUGUAUAUGUGCAUAUCUAUAAUAAACACUGAGAUGACGCUCCACACACUACUCAUCUGUUACCAUGGUAACAGUUCAGCCCGAAACAGGAAGUGUAUGACAGCAGUUUGUUAGGACAAACACAUUUCAUUAAGAGUCAUUUCCUAUUGAUGGACUGUAAUCAGUCAUCAGUUUACCUGCCGACUGCAGAGUGUGUCUGAGUUCAGAGAAUGGACGCCAUGUUUACAGAUGGAGGAUGACGAGGAUGAAGAGUUAAAUGAAGCAGCAGAUUUCUGAUAAUAGAAGAAACAAGAAUGAAGCAGCUGAUCUAAUGUUCUCCAAUCUAACACACUGAGAGGAUCAUUAAUGAGGUGAACGACUGGACCUGAAAACAUCCAAUUGGCCAAGGACUGAGGCCAAUGAUUCAGUCUUUUAUCAUCUCAAUAAAAACACAUUCACAAACAAACACAACAGGAAGUCAUCUCACAGGUUAAAAAAAGAGCAAAACGUAUUUUCAUGUUGUAGAUUGUAAAUCCUGAUUCUUGUUUGAGCUACUGAGAGAAAUGAAGAAAUAAUUUAAUGAAAACACUUUGCAAAAGUACACCUUUUGUCCUGGAGGGAAGGUGAGGGUUUGUUGCCCUCAGCUCCUGCAGGUGAGAACAGAUAAAGAACCCAGCUGGUUUUAAAUUUGUUCUUAUUCUUUUCAUUUGACUGUGAAUCCCUUUGAGUCACAUUAGUACAUGUGAAUUUGGGGUGCUACAAUUAAAUAUUGACACUGAAAUUUCAAUUAGAUGAUGUUAUUUACAAGAGCCCCCCCCAAUCAGAUCCUCCAUCAGACUCCACCUGAUGUUUCUCCACAAGAUCAUGAAACUUUAUGACGCAGGAUUGCUGUCCUCACCCCCCUCAUCCGCUGUCACCCUCACUAGUGGGUCAUGUGACCUUCUGCUCCUCCAGGGCCUUUAAAUUGCUCGUCGACCACCUGAGAGAGAGAAAGACGACUAAGAAUCCCAGCAACAGCAGGAUGUUUGGCUCUGUGCUGCUCUGCUGUUGGUCCUUCAGUUUGCUGCAUCUCUCUUCUUCUCUGGUUCAUGGAAAUAUUCAGUUGGAUGAAGGUCCUGCCACUGGCCGCCGCCCCGAAAACUCAUACCUAACUGACAUGGAGAGGAGCCAGACCCCUGACCUCGUUCAUGAGUCAGCCCUCCUACCAGUCGACUCAGUGGAGGACCACUUCCUGAUGGAUGCAGGGACCUUUGAUGAGGACUCAUCAGCAGCCUUGCAGCUGCAGGGUCGAGCCAUGCGUUCACCUCGUCGCUGCAUCCCCCACCAACAGUCGUGUUUGGGUUACCCGCUGCCCUGCUGUGACCCCUGUGACACCUGCUACUGCCGCUUCUUCAACGCUAUCUGCUACUGCCGCCGGGUUGGUCACACCUGCCCACCAAGACGCACCUGACAACACACUUGACGAAGCACCUGCAUCUCAUGCAUGCAUCUCAUGAUGGGAACACAUGCAGACAGAAAACAUGUUUAUGCUCUCUCUGUUACUUGCUGAAUAAAAUGUGCUCUUUGUGUAAUAAAUGACUGUUGAGGAACACGUAUGUUCAGAUGUCUGUUUAAUGUGUUCUGUGUAAUUAAAAUUGACAGAGAAAUGUGUUCAACAGUGAUGUGUCAUAAAACUGUUUUUCUUUUGGACUGGAUACCAAAUAAACCCCUGCUGGUGUCCAUGUGGUCCUUUGAACAAAAGCACAACAAAUCAGCUUUGUGUAGUUCUAAGGACGUGGGGAAGUCACACACACACGUGCAACCUGGCCAGAUGUUGCUCUUUGUGAACCUUGAUGAUGUCAUAGUGUCUUACCUAGGCUAACACAGAGUGACUCCAGCUGUCUACUGAGCACACAGCUCAGGCUGU